AUGGGCAACUCUCAGGGCAAACCGGUCGUCUACACAGAUGAAGUCAAUCUGAACCAUUUCCGGCUCUUAAGAGUGGUGGGCAAAGGCGCUUUUGGCAAGGUCAGGAUUGUAGAACGAAAAGACUCAGGUCUUACAUUUGCGCUCAAGUAUAUACGCAAGGAUGAAGUCGUGCGAUCGGAGAGUGUACGAAACAUAAUUCGCGAACGACGCAUGCUAGAGCACUUGAAUCACCCUUUCUUGUGCAAUCUGCGCUAUAGCUUCCAGGAUGUCGAGUAUCUGUAUCUUGUGGUUGAUCUGAUGGAUGGUGGCGACCUUCGAUUUCACAUAUCCCGAAAGACCUUCACCGAAGAUUGCGUUCGAUUCUGGAUGGGCGAGCUAGCCUGUGCACUGCGGUACAUUCACGAACAAGGGAUUGUGCACAGAGAUGUUAAGCCUGACAACGUGCUACUGGAUUCUGAGGGACACGUGCAUCUAGCCGACUUCAAUGUUGCAUCAGACUUCAGGCCACCUAAACUACUGACAAGUAAAUCUGGGACUCUGGCCUAUCUGGCUCCCGAGGCAUUUCGAGGCCCUGGCUAUUUAUGCGAGGUGGAUUGGUGGUCAUUAGGUGUGACAUUUUACGAAUGCAUAUACGGGAAGAGACCAUUCGAGGGAAAGACCCACGACGAGUUAGUGGAAAACAUCUGUAACUCCAAUCCGAAAUUUCACGUUACGAAGCCGCCCGUAUCAAUGCCAUGCCUACACGCCAUGUCGUCGUUACUCGAGAGACAAAAACGGAAACGGAUAGGGGCAGCUGGAUUCGACACAUUUACAACCCAUCAUUUCUUUAGUCCGUUAGACUUUGAGGCGCUGCAAGCCAAAUUGAUACGACCGAUAUUUGUGCCAUCAAGCGACAAGACCAAUUUCGAUGCAACGUACGAUCUGGAGGAAUUAUUGCUAGAAGAAGCGCCAUUAGAAGCGAGAGCUAGGAAGCAGAAACCCCGACCAGAGCUCCGGCAAGACGCCACAAGUAAAGAGAUUCGGGAGGACGAGCUGCAUAGGAUGAUCGAGACAUUGUUUGAGCCUUUCGAUUAUACAUUGGCUUCCUACGACGGGAGUGCAGCAGCAGCACUGGCGGAAGAUGGCACUGUAGAUGCAAUCGAGAAGACUGGGUCUACACAUUCUCGACCUCAAUCAAAGCCUCAAUCUGUGGCGACGACACCGGACGGAACACCUCCAAUGUCGCCAAAUGUAUUACCGCUGCACGUCAAGUCGGAGCAUAUUCCAGAGCUCGAGGCUCUAAAAGCGGCCCUUCCGCCCACGCAGCCCAUACCAAGAUCAGUACCCGCGUCACAAGCAACGUCAUUCAGCAGACCAAGGCCACAACCUGCGUCGAGGCAAGCAAGCAAGGGCGGAGGAGUACAAAUGGUUCUUGACGAGCACGGAAGUUGGUCAUUGUUGGCCGACCAAGCGGUGUCGCUACCAGCAGAAGCUGGAGCGAGCAAAGAUGUUAGGGAUAGCAGCAGCGUGUUGGGCUUUCUCCGAGGUAGAAAGAGCCGCGACCGAAGCCCCAAACCGAAAGAAGCAGGCGUCAUGGGAAAAGCUGGUGCACGACACAUUAUCAACUGA